AACCAACAAGUCUAUCAAGAAACGCCUACUUGAGAGCACGCACUGCAAAGAAUUCAUUCAAUUGAUAAAAUCUCUCCACUUAAUUUUUCCUUUCUCACAUCUGAAGAAUAUGUCAUCAGGCUGUAAUUGUGGUUCGAGCUGCUCCUGCGGAAGCAACUGCAGUUGCGGCAGUAUGUACCCGGACGUCGAGAAGAGCACGACAGUUACCAUCAUCGAAGGGAUCACACCAAAGAAGAUGCAGUCCGACGGAUCUGAGAAAAGCUCCAGUGCUGAAGGAGGCCAUGCCUGCAAGUGUGGAUCAAACUGCACAUGUGACCCAUGCAACUGUUGAUGACAGAAUAUGGUUUAAGCCCUUCAAAGUAGCUAUGGAUGAUGUUGUGUGUACUAAACAUAAUAUAAUAAGACAGCCUUAAAUUGGACAAAUUCAUUUACUGGAUUUGUCUGGUGUAGUGUUUACUGGCUAUAUUAUCUCUGUAAUUUAUAUGUUUGCAGUUUGGUUACUGGCUUCAAUUUCUGUGUGAAGACUUGACAUCAAUAUAGCUCCUUUAUUGUUAUGUAAACUUCCAAUCAAUUACCUUGUCCUUUUAGAAGUA